GCGCCUCUCCCUCUCUCUCCCUCUCUCUCUCCGCGCGCCCUCUCUCUCUCUCUCUCUCUCUCUCUCUCUCUCUCUCUCUGUCUCAGCCGCCUCCUCUCGCUCGGGCGGUCAGAGGGCCGGAGCGAGAAGAUGGCGAAGACGUACGACUAUCUGUUCAAGCUGCUGCUGAUCGGGGACUCGGGCGUGGGCAAGACCUGCCUCCUGUUCCGCUUCUCGGAGGACGCCUUCAACACCACCUUCAUCUCCACCAUCGGAAUUGAUUUUAAAAUCAGGACGAUAGAACUUGAUGGAAAGAAAAUUAAGCUUCAGAUAUGGGACACAGCAGGCCAAGAAAGAUUCCGAACAAUCACGACGGCGUACUAUAGGGGAGCCAUGGGAAUUAUGCUGGUCUAUGAUAUCACAAAUGAAAAGUCCUUUGACAAUAUUAAAAACUGGAUAAGAAACAUUGAAGAGCAUGCCUCUUCAGAUGUUGAGAGAAUGAUCCUGGGUAACAAAUGCGAUGUGAAUGACAAAAGACAAGUGUCCAAAGAAAGAGGGGAGAAGUUAGCAAUUGACUAUGGCAUCAAAUUUUUGGAGACAAGCGCAAAAUCUAGUACCAAUGUGGAAGAGGCAUUUUUUACCCUUGCACGAGAUAUAAUGACAAAACUCAACAGAAAAAUGAAUGACAGCAAUUCAUCAGGGGCAGGUGGUCCAGUGAAAAUAACAGAAAACCGAUCCAAGAAGACCAGUUUCUUCCGUUGUUCGCUGCUUUGAUAAACUCUUUCCUCCUGAGAGACUGCGGCACACGCCGAGGGCCCUUCCCUGCUUCUUUGAAAGCACAGGUCACCCAGCCUCAGAGUCCCUGUGCCCGGCUGCUGCGGAGAGCACCACGGAACUGCGACCUCUCGACGCCCAGCACCGAGGGGCUCCAGCCUCGUGGCCUAGCAAACAAACAGGCUCCUUUCUUCCAGCGUGGAAGCAAUGAAGUGGAGACACACGCAAGACCUACCUGGUUUUUCUUUGUCUUACUGCCUGCUGCCGAAGCUGCCACCUUUCCUUUCCACUCUGCCCAUCAGUGCCAGCCUUUCCCUGGUACAGCACAAUCUUAGACUCCCGUUGGUGCACAUCCGUGCCAUGAAGUUCUCGGCAAACUUAUUCAUGUUGGGGGACGUUAAGACCACAAAACAUUAAGCAGAGGUUGCUAUAAUGAUAUAAUGAAAUUAAAGGGCAGUUGAUCUGGUUCAUAUGACCAAUAGUUACUGCGUUCAUAGCAUUUUUUGAAAGGGCUUUGAUUUGUGAUGUUCUUAAAGAGUUAUUAAAUUCUGAUCAAUUUUAUUAUUAAGAUUCAUAAAUUCCCCGAAUCUAUUCAUCAGAUUUUCCUCAUCCCUUCAGACUGUUGAUGGCUGUGCUCCAUUCCUGAUCUUUGGCCACAGAGUAUGAGUAAAUAUCUAACUCACUUUUUAAAUUGCUUACCUAUGCCUAAUUUACAGAAACUGCAUUUGGAACCACUCUGCUCUCACUUUUCCUGAGGUUUAUAUUGGCUAUUCUUUCCCAUAUUUGACUUUCUGUAAUUUCUUAAGUAUCUGAAACUAAUACCAUAUCCAAACAUUGUCUCUAUUUGUGAGUUGAAAUUUUACAUAGGAAGAGAAAUGUAUCACUUAGGAGUUUAUUUCAGCAUCUGACUGUGGCUCUGUCAUAUCAGAAUGUAUGUUCCCCCUUAGGUUGACCCUUUAGCUUGUAGUUACCAGUUCUUUCCAUAAUUCCUGUCUGUGAGAGUUAACAUAGGUUAGACUUAGAGUUUAGUUUACAGAAAGCAUAGCUUUAGGGAAAGAUCUUAACUUGUUAAUGUAAGAUUAAGAGACAGCCCUUAGUAGUGCUGAAAAUAAUUAUUGUUACUUCUACUUUGGGGUUUAGAAAAGUAAUCAUAAUCAGAUCCAGCACUCUCUCUAGAAAACCUUGCCUUUUCUUUAGAGAAAACAGGGUCAGGGUUUCAGUUUCACACAGCUGUUGUUGAACGUGAGGCACCCAGCUCCAUCUGCUUAGGUUGUUUUUACAGAACUUGGUUCAGUCAUUCAGGCCAACCAAAAGCUGAGUUGCCUUUCUCACCAAACACCGGUACUAACACUUCUUUUUGUGGACACAACCAUCAUGUAAGGAAAAAAGGUAUUAAUAACAUACGUGCCAAACUCAGAUUAUAAUGUCAUGGUUCUGAUUUUAGCCUUCAGUGAGUAUCCUAACACAGAGGGCACCGUGGUGACUAGGAAGUGAGUUCUGUAAUAAGUACUUUUCCUGUUGUGCCUACCAAGUCUGUGUCAUGCUACGUAGUUGAAAGCUGGAGCUGGGAAUGGGAACCAGCUUCACAGUUAGCUGUAGGCUCACUGUUUGGACCUGUCAGGCCUUACUUCUUAUUUAAAAACUCAAAAACCAAUUUAAUGGCUGCAAAUAUGCCAGAGCUAUUUUUGGUGAGUACACUGAACUUCGUUGAUAAAUUUCAGCCCGCUUUAUUUUUCUUAAUAGUUACCUGUAGACUUAAAAGUCAUCUACUCUUCUCCUGGUGUAAUCAAUAGCUCCAUGACUGAGAGCUGAUUGGACGCCUACCGUCUUCAAUUAUAUCCACUUUUGAAAGGAAAAAUCAAUUCUUAGGAAUGUCUUAAAGCCACCACUUUUGUGGACAAAAAGUUCAAGCAGUCGAGCUUUCUGGGCGAUAACAAAGUGCUGUCCAGAAGGCCAGGGCUGCAGCGUCACAUGUGAAUGUAACUCUUAGCAUUUUACCUCUGUUUGGUGUCUUAACACUUCGGUUUCUAUCUCAGGGGUUGUCUGCAGACCAAAACUGACAUAUUCUGUGGUUAGCUGUUUUUGUUUGUUGUUUUAACAGAAUGCUUGACUUUCAUUGUUUUUCUUCCCUCUUCCGCCUCCAGUAGGUUAAUAGCUCGUCUCCAUGACCUUCCCUUUGAUGAGCCUGUGCAAGUUAGAUGAAUUUGAAGUGCUCUUUGAAGUAGCAGCAAACUGGGCAUGUGUGCUCUGCCGUCCAGAAAGAGACUGUCCUUGUUAUUUUCUUACAUUUAGCUUUGCUAAAUUGUAUAUAAUUUCAGCUAAAACCAUAGGAAAUUCACUUUCUGCAUGGUAAAAUGACCCAGUACAUAAUGUACUUUGCUUCAAAAUGUACAUAGAGUGCAUUAUUUUUUUUCCUAUUUGUAGAUGAAUUUAGCGACAGAUAAUUGUCUGUUCCCUGCUGAAACUGAAUAAAUCUAGGUGUUGUUUUUUUUUUUUUUCUUUUUAGGAACAUUUUUGUGGUCUUAUGCAUAAGGUACAUAGAGACUUUUGCAGCAGUAUUAGUGGCUCAACAGCUGCACUUUAUUAGCAUUAUGCUAAUUUUUAACAUUGAUUGACUGGGCUAGAUUGUCAAAGAAGAGUCUGAGGGUAUCAGACAGUGGAGAUGUGCUGUAACUAAGUAGCGUGUCAAUCAGCUGGUUGGCAGGUGUUUUGCUGGGAACUUACUUGAGCUGUAUUUUCCUGUGGAUGGAGGAUGAUGAGGUAGGUGAUCCCCCUGAGCCUCGGCGAGUGGGUGGGUGCCGCAGGGUUUACCACUUACAUAGACAUUUGUACAGUCUUUGUUAUCAAUUUCCAGAAGACUAUACUCUACUUCGAAGGACUAUUUUUUAAUUAUACCUCAUUUAGCUAACUAGUAUUCUAAUACCUGGUAGGAAAAAAAAAAACAAAACAGUGAGCCAGCCUUUAAACAUCCAACAGAAUAUAGACUAUAUGUUUUGUUUUGUCUUGUCUUGAACAGAAGGCAUCCUAGGAAAAGAUAAUAGACUAGAACAUACAUGUUUUAUCUAAUAGCAUACAAAAGUAUUACUGCCCUAUCUCCAUUAAUGAAUUUAGUUGUGCAAUAUAGAUUUGUGCAGGAGUUGCUGAGUGAGAGAUUAUAGCUCCAUUUUACAGGUUCUGAAGGCUGAAAGCAUGUAUUAAGACUUAUAAAGUUUUUUUUUUCCUGUGAUCAGUAAAGUGAUACAUUUAAGCAGACCUCCUUUUCAAGUUUAUGACUUAGAUUCCUUUAUAAAUAUAGUUCGUAAUCUUUAAAGAUAAGCUUCUAAACUUAAAUUUUUAAAUUGCAUUUCAUUAUGUUGGCUUACUUCUCAGAUUUUAAACAUUCCUUUUCUGCAAUCAAACUUUUGAUAUUUUUUAGAGUUUUCUUUUAAAUAUAAGUGGCCUUCCUUUCCUUUCUUGUUACAUUUGGGGGCAGAGAGGAAUGUCUAAAAAUGAAAUCCCUAGACUUAGAAAGACAAACAAGGUCAGGAUAUACUGAUAAAAUUUCAUUUCAGCAAAAUUUUACAAUAGAAUUUAUUUUAGACUAAUACAAUAUAUGGGUUUCAUGUUCACUAUAAAAUAAACUAAAUGAAAUGUAAAGAAAUGAAAAUAGUAAACCAUUAUUUUAGAGACUUUUCAUGUUUUGCCUCAUUUCUUGAAAUGUGUGCCAUAUGCAGUGAAAUUUCUUGUUGCCAAGAACUGAUAGGACUUCAUAUCUCAUCUCCAUACUUUUUAAAACAUGUGAACUUAUGAUCGUUCAUUCCUAUGGCCUUAGAGAUGGGUUUUAUUUUGUUUGCUUGCAGAUGACACUGCAGUUUCCUUCAUGCAAGAUUCUGUAAACUGUUUGACUAAAAUCAUGCCCCUGAUGGGAACUCUCUAGUUUUUCCAUAGAAUUAUCCUACUUGUGUGUUGAAACAUAUUUUAUUUUCUCUCUAAUGGCUUAAUGUGAGAAGCUCCUGCGGAUAACUUGGACUGUCAUUUGGUUAAUCUUGUUUCAGCCAAUUCAUUAACUGUACUGAGACUGAUGCUGUUUUUUAAAAAAUGGAUUUUACUCCAGGUGAAAUUUUUUUUUACAAUAAUACUCAUCUAAAAUAAAAAAAAAACUACAUAAUGAAAAUGUUCAUGACUCUCAAGUGGAUUGCACAUCUUAAAUAUAUAUAAAUAGAUUAUUAGUAAGUUUUUAAUUGGCGUAUAGUCAUUGUAAAUGGUACUUCCUAAGGACUCAUAAAUACCUUGAACAUGUACUCCUACCCUUCCAUCUCUUUCCUCCCCACUGCUGUUAGUUUCCUUUGUUCCCCUAGACAUAUUUGUUGCUUUCACAUCAUAUAUACAUACAUGUUUUACGUAUCUAUAUAAAACCUUGCUCUACAAACGAGAGAAAACAUGCAGUGUGUGUCUUUGUGAGACUGACUUCAUUUUCUCACGAUGAUCUCCAGUUGCAUCCAUUUUAUUACAGAGGACAUAAUUUCACUCUUUUUUAUGGGUGUGAAAAACUCCAUUGUGAAAUACUGCACACUUUCUGUAUCUACUCCUCUGUGAGUUGACACCUGGGUUGUCUCCAUAACAUAGCUAUUCCGAAUAGUGCUGCAAUAAGCAUUGAUGUAAAAGGACCUCUGCGAUUAUUGACUUACGCAGUUGCUCAGGUAAAAACUGAGGAAUGGUACACCUGGGCCACGUGGUGGAUCUAUGUUGUUGGUUUUUUUUUAAUUUUUAAAUUUUUAUUAACAUUUUCCAAGAUUAUAAAAAAAAAAAUCCCAUGGUAAUUCCCUCCCUCCCCCCACAACACUUUCCCCUUUGAAAUUCCAUUCUCCAUCAUAUUACCUCCCCAUCUCAAUCAUUGUACUUACAUAUAUACAAUAUCAACCUAUUAAGUACCCUCCUCCCUGUCUUUCUCUUCUAUGUUAAGUUUUUUGAGUGACCUCCACACGGAUUUCCAUGGUGGCUAAACUACUUCGCAUUCCCACUGGUAGUGGGUAAAAGCCUUCCUUUUGUCUACUUUCUGGCCAGCAUAUAUUGUUUUCUUCAUGACUCCCAUUCUAAAUGGGAUGAGAUGGAAUCUCAGUAUAGUUUUAAUUUGCAUGGUUUUGAUGAUUACUGAUGUUAAACAUUUUUUCAUAUACUCAUUGGCCAUUUGUACAUCAUUCAUUGAGAAAUGUCUUUUGAUUUCAUUAGCCCAUUUAUUGACUAGGUUGCUUGAUUUCUUGUAAUUUAGUUGUGUUCUUGGUCUGAAUAUUACUCCUCUGUUAGAUGUAUAGCUAGCAAAGAUUUUAUCCCAUUCUGUCAGCUGUAUCUUCAUUAAACUAAUUGAUUCCUUUGCUGGAAUUGCA